AGAAGGAGGAAGAGGAGGAGGAGGAGGGGGAGGAAGAGGAGAAAGGCGCAGGGGUGGGAGCUGUUGCCGAAGCUGCCACAGCAAAAGUUCUCCCCCCUCCCCCCUUCCCCUCCUCUUAAGGCCCCUAGAAAGGUUGAAGCUGCCGCCGUCUGCAAUCGGUGACCGCGCGACUCGGCACCCGCCCGCGGCUAGAGGGAGGAAUCAACAGCUUGGAAAUUCGGCCAAGUGAUCUGGCGGGAUGGGCAUUUGCCUGACCUAUUUUGUAGAGGAAUUGGAUGGCAUAAGUGAUUGAAUGGUAUUGAGGGUCUCUGAAGCCUAUGAAAGGUAGAAACUCAACCAUGAUUUCUUUUUCAACUCUACAGCAUUCCCUUCCUUGAAGUCUUCAUUUUUACGUUAGUCUCAGGCAGUUAUACUUAAGCAUGAACAUUGACGACAAACUGGAAGGAUUAUUUCUUAAAUGUGGCGGCAUAGACGAAAUGCAGUCUUCCAGGGCAAUGGUUGUAAUGGGUGGAGUGUCUGGCCAGUCUACUGUGUCUGGAGAGCUGCAGGAGUCAGUUCUUCAAGAUCGGAGUAUGCCUCACCAGGAGAUCCUUGCUGCAGAUGAAGUGUUACAAGAAAGUGAAAUGAGACAACAGGAUAUGAUAUCACAUGAUGAACUCAUGGUCCAUGAGGAGACAGUGAAAAAUGAUGAAGAGCAGAUGGAGACACAUGAAAGACUUCCUCAAGGACUACAGUAUGCACUUAAUGUCCCUAUAAGUGUAAAGCAGGAAAUUACUUUUACUGAUGUAUCUGAGCAACUGAUGAGAGACAAAAAACAAAUCAGAGAGCCAGUAGACUUACAGAAAAAGAAGAAACGGAAACAACGUUCUCCUGCAAAAAUCCUUACAAUAAAUGAGGAUGGAUCACUUGGUUUGAAAAGCCCUAAAUCUCACGUUUGUGAGCACUGCAAUGCUGCCUUUAGAACGAACUAUCACUUACAGAGACAUGUCUUCAUUCAUACAGGUGAAAAACCAUUUCAAUGUAGUCAAUGUGACAUGCGUUUCAUACAGAAGUACCUGCUACAGAGACAUGAGAAGAUUCAUACUGGUGAAAAACCAUUUCGCUGUGAUGAAUGUGGUAUGAGAUUCAUUCAAAAAUAUCAUAUGGAAAGGCAUAAGAGAACUCAUAGUGGAGAAAAACCCUACCAGUGUGAAUACUGUUUACAGUAUUUUUCCAGAACAGAUCGUGUACUGAAACAUAAACGUAUGUGCCAUGAAAAUCAUGACAAAAAACUAAACAGAUGUGCCAUCAAAGGUGGCCUUCUGACAUCCGAGGAAGAUUCUGGCUUUUCUACAUCACCAAAAGAUAACUCACUGCCAAAAAAGAAAAGGCAGAAAACUGAGAAAAAAUCAUCUGGGAUGGACAAAGAGAGUUCUUUGGACAAAUCUGACCUGAAGAAAGACAAAAAUGAUUACUUGCCUCUUUACUCUUCAAGUACUAAAGUAAAAGAUGAGUAUAUGGUAGCAGAGUAUGCUGUUGAAAUGCCGCAUUCUUCAGUUGGGGGAUCGCAUUUAGAAGAUGCAUCAGGAGAAAUACAUCCACCUAAGUUGGUUCUCAAAAAAAUUAAUAGUAAGAGAAGUCUGAAACAGCCGUUGGAGCAAAAUCAAACAAUUUCGCCUUUAUCCACAUAUGAAGAGAGCAAAGUUUCAAAGUAUGCUUUUGAACUUGUGGACAAACAAGCUUUGCUGGACUCAGAAGGCAAUGCUGACAUUGACCAGGUUGACAAUUUGCAAGAGGGGCCUAGUAAACCUGUGCACAGUAGCACUAAUUAUGAUGAUGCCAUGCAGUUUUUGAAGAAGAAGCGAUAUCUUCAGGCAGCAAGUAACAAUAGUAGGGAGUAUGCGCUGAAUGUGGGUACCAUAGCUUCUCAGCCUUCUGUAACACAGGCAGCUGUGGCAAGUGUCAUUGAUGAGAGUACCACAGCAUCCAUAUUAGAUUCACAGGCACUGAAUGUGGAGAUAAAGAGUAAUCAUGACAAAAAUGUUAUUCCAGAUGAGGUACUGCAGACUCUGUUGGAUCAUUAUUCUCAUAAAGCGAAUGGACAACAUGAGAUAUCAUUCAGUGUUGCGGACACUGAGGUGACUUCUAGCAUAUCAAUAAAUUCUUCCGAAGUACCUGAGGUUACCCAGUCGGAGAAUGUUGGAUCAAGCUCCCAAGCAUCCUCAUCAGAUAAAGCCAACAUGUUGCAGGAAUACUCAAAGUUUCUGCAGCAGGCUUUGGACAGAACUAGCCAAAAUGAUGCCUAUUUGAACAGCCCGAGCCUUAACUUUGUGACCGAUAACCAGACCCUUCCCAAUCAGCCAGCAUUCUCUUCCAUAGACAAGCAAGUCUAUGCAGCCAUGCCCAUCAAUAGCUUUCGAUCAGGAAUGAAUUCUCCACUAAGAACAACUCCAGAUAAGUCCCACUUUGGACUAAUAGUUGGUGAUUCACAGCACUCAUUUCCCUUUUCAGGUGAUGAGACAAACCAUGCUUCUGCCACAUCAACACAGGACUUUUUGGAUCAAGUGACUUCUCAGAAGAAAGCUGAGGCUCAGCCUGUCCACCAAGCUUACCAAAUGAGCUCUUUUGAACAACCCUUCCGUGCUCCAUAUCAUGGAUCCAGAGCUGGAAUAGCUACUCAGUUUAGCACUGCCAAUGGACAGGUGAACCUUCGGGGACCAGGGACAAGUGCUGAAUUUCCAGAAUUUCCCUUGGUGAAUGUAAAUGAUAAUAGAGCUGGGAUGACAUCCUCACCUGAUGCCACAACUGGCCAGACUUUUGGCUAAAAAAAAUGUGUAAAUAAUACUGGCACUUUAGAACAGAUUAAUCAAGAGUGGGGUUACUCUGUGAAAAAUGGAGUGCUGUACAGAUUUAAGAGCAAUGCGUUAAAACAAGUUAAGCUGAUAUGAAUAGCAAGAUAAUCCAAUAACUGCAUUUUGUUUGGUUAGUCAGCAUUCUUUGAACUGCCUUACAUGUUGUCACCUUUAUAGAAGCAAUGCAUUACUUGUUUUAGAUCAGAAACUUGCUAUUCCACCUACACCAAGUUUAAAAGGAAAAAAAAGACUUUCGCACAAUUGUUUCCUAACUGAUAAUAUUGUACAUUUUUAGGAGAUUAGUAAUUGUGUGAAAUUUACUCAUACUGUUUCUAAGUUUUUCAGCAUAGUCAUGGCACUUCAGCAGGGAAUCUGAAUAUACUUUAUAGACAGAGUGAACUUAAAAGUUUAAAUGUCAAGAGAUUAUGGCUUAAAAAAAUUAGUGUGUCCUAUAGGGGGAAGAAAGGAAAACCACCUUUUAAAAAGAAUGAUAUGCCAUAUACCCUUGAUUUUCAUUUUGCAUUAUAUUGACAUUUUUUUUUUUGAGAAAAAAGUAAUAAAAAUCUGAUAGUCUAAGACUCCACUAUUUAAAAGCCUAAUUACUUUAAAAAUAUGCAUACUUUCAAAACUUUUACCAAAAUACAUAACUGUUGAAGCAUUCACUUCUCUAUGGAAGUAUGCAUAUUGGUGUCAGUUUCUUUGUACAGUUGUACCUAGAUAUUUUUUAUGAUUUUUCAUGUGCAAGUAUCAAGGUUUUGAAGUUUUAGUAAAAAGAUAUUCUGUAGAUUACAUUCCCAAGAACAUAAUGCUUAUACAAAAUGUAUAUUCCACAUUUUAAAGCUUAAUUGUAUUUUACUUUACAUAUACACUUCAGUUAACAUAGAGCACUUAGAAUCUAUUUGGUAUUUUUGAUUUCUCAAAGUAAAAAAAAAAAUUUAGAUUUUUAGGUUUGAUAUGGUUGUGUCAUAAUCAUCUCAUAAUUGAAAAUUUUAAUUUUUGGCAAUAAAAGGAAAUUGGAUAUCUUUGGAACUGUAAAACCUGGUUUAAUCCUUCUCUUUCUAGAAUCUUGAUAGAUUGGAUAAUUAAACAGUAUCCAGAGAAACUAAAGAAAUGGGCAUUUUAAUUGCUUAUUUUAUCUUGAGUUACUUUUUAAUGAACACUGCUCAUUACAAUUUUACAAACCAAGAGUGUUUACUAAUUCUAGUAACUACAGUUUCUUUUUCAGCUAGAUGAGUGAUCGGAAACUUUUUGUUGCAUUUCAAAAUCUAAAUAAACUACAGACUU